CAGUAUGGCACAGUGGAGCGUGCCUGGUUAGGAGUGAUGGCAGAGGCAGAGAAGGUCAGCGAGCUUCACCAGGAAGUGAAAAACAACCUUAUCAAUGAAGAUUUUGAAAAGGUGAAAAACUGGCAAAAAGACGCCUAUCACAAGCAGAUGAUGGGAGGAUUUAAGGAAACCAAAGAGGCAGACGAGGGCUUUAAAAAGGCACAGAAACCCUGGGCCAAGAAGCUCAAAGAGUUGGAAACUGCCAAGAAAUCCUACCACAUGGCAUGCAAAGAGGAGAAGCUGGCAUCCACAAGAGAGGCCAACAGUAAAGGAGAGGCCUUUACAGCUGACCAGCAGAAGAAACUUCAAGAGAAAGUGGAAAAGUGUAAACAAGAUUCACAGAAGGCCAAGGACAAAUAUGAGAAAGCCCUAGAUGAGCUGAACAAGUGUACGCCUCAGUACAUGGAGAAUAUGGAGCAGGUGUUUGGGCAGUGCCAGCAGUUUGAGGAGAAGAGACUGGCCUUCAUUAGGGAAGUGCUGCUGGACGUCAAACGACAUCUCAACCUCACAGAGAACCAAAGUUAUUCUACAGUUUAUCGUGAACUUGAACGCACCAUUACAUCAGCAAGCCCACAAGAAGAUCUUAAGUGGUUUAGUAGUAACCAUGGUCCUGCCAUGCAUAUGAACUGGCCACAGUUUGAGGAGUACAACCCAGACUUGGUACACAGCAUCACAAAGAAGGAGAAGUCAAGGAAAAACGAUGGUGUCACUCUAACAAAUAUCUCACAUGGUGUGAACCAUGCUCAGGCAGGAGACAGGGGAAGCGUUAGUAGUUAUGAGAAGAACCAAGCGUACACAGGCUCCACUGAGUGGUCAGACGAGGACCAGACAGCCCCUAACUCUGGUAACGACACAAACGGAGGAACAAACCCGUUUGAUGAAGAUGUGGGCAAAGGAGUGAGGGUCCGAGCACUGUAUGACUAUGAAGGCCAAGAGCAGGAUGAGCUGAGCUUCAAAGCAGGUGAUGAGCUAACAAAGCUGGAGGAUGAGGAUGAACAGGGUUGGUGUAAAGGUCGCCUAGACAACGGCCAGCAGGGUCUCUAUCCAGCCAACUAUGUGGAGUUGAUCUGAUGCUGCUUGAGAAAGGACUGAAGCCUCCAGUGACACUGCACAUUGCCAGGGACUUGAAAGCAGAACCUCCUCUUCCUGUCCAGCACAGUGAGCUGUCUUCACAUCUCACACAAGAACACCUUGUAUUUGAGAGCAUCUUCAAAUACUGCAGCUUAGACUCAUUGAAUUUGUGUGCAGCUGUAUUGAAUUUACACAUGCCAUAUCUUGUAUUGUUUUAGCAUUUGAUGGAUAUGGUAUUGUGCCUGGAUAGCGAGAAAGAGCUAUGCAUUUUGCCUUCAUGUAUAUAUUUGCAUUUUUUUAACAGUUCAUAUGCUGUACAGUCGUUACCCAUUGACUGCUUCUUUCUUUGUGAAUAUUUUUUUUUAUGUUUAGACCUAGUAGAGUAACAUUUUUCAAAGAAUAGUAAUAUAUUUUAAUUUUAACAUGAAAAGGUAGAUACCACUAAAUUGUUUUUUUCUGUUAAAUAUGAUUCUUUUUUUUGUCUCUUCAGACUGCUGAUAAAUAUUAAACAAAUAUAAAUGAAACCAUUGAUUUAAAAGACAAAUUAAAAAAAUACACCACUUUAUCUGGCUACUGGUGCAUUGACAUAGGUCUGUUAAAGGUGCACUUCGUAAAUUUUGGAUAAUCUGCCAUCAACUUGUCUCCAUGUUGAUGCUACUGAUUUGCUUGGAAUGUUUCUCAGUAUGACAUUAAAACUAUCUUAUCUUGCAUUUAUUCAAUUCGAGGUAUUUUUAAUGCUCAACUCAUGUGACCUGUAACUUGACAUGACUUGGUGACAUAACUUUCCAUGACGAUAGUUAAGUUUAAAGCCAUAGCGUGGAACAAAUAAAGCUAUAGCAUCUCAAUAGAAACAUGAAGGUGACAGACCCUCUACCAGAAAAGUUACAUAGCGCACCGUUAAGAGCUUCUUUGGUAUCAUAUUUAAUAGGAAAUAUACAGUUGUCUCGUCGGCCUCCUUAAAACCUUAAACCUUACUUUCUAUCUUUUUAUUAAACCUUACUUUCUGUCUUUUGUGAAUAAUUUCACUUUCUCCACAGCAAGCCAUUCGUUUAGCAUUUUUAAGCAAGAUAAAAGACAGCUCUACAUGUUCCAACCUCCAAAGCCUCUCUUAACAUGGACGUUUUUACAUGACCUUGGCCUCCUCACCCUGUAAACAACUAUGUGCCUAUUUUUGCUUACCAUUACUUCUGACUGUGCUAACACUAUGAAAUGUAAACACUCUUGUGUAGGCCUUGUCUAUGGACUGUUUACGAUUAGUUACAUUAUGUGGCUCGGCUUUAUCAAACUUGCCGCUCUUAUCUGUGAGUAUGCGCAUGUUAAGCUCUCAUACUUGCCUUCUUCUGCAGCCAGUCAGUGCAUGGCAGCCAUUUGUUAUUACUGAGCAAAUACUGACACAGACCAAUCCUUAAACGGUAUGACUACGUACUGCUGAAGUGAAUAAAAUGUAUUAUAUUUUCAUCUAGGCAUUUCUUAGCUAGUGUUAACUGCUCAACAAGUUAAUGUCUGAGAGGCAAGAAAACUGGGUAGUACAGGAGCAAGUAUUUAAGCAUGUUUGAGGAAAUCUCAUAUUGUGAUGGCAAGAUGACUAUUUCAGACUGAUGUUUUCAAAAUCAAUUUUCAUGCAAAGGGAAGGCUCAGUACUCAUCUUGAUUUCUAUUAAGAGGAUCAAAGUUAUUCAAAAAUAUUCAAGAAUGUUUUAUAAGUUAGUAUCUAGUGUCAAUAUUAGUUUUAGUACUGAACCCUGUUUCAAAACUCAUAGUGGUCUGUGUACUCCAAUAAUUAGCUGUUUUUACACUGCAUCCUCUCAGUAUGGAGCUGCAUAUUGGGCUGGAGGUCUUUACUUUAUACCUCAGUGAAAGUCCAAUAAUGCAAUUCAAACAAUGUGCAAUAUUAAGAGUGAGAAGUCCUAUGAUAAAUGAGAUUGGUCUGUUGCUCCUUGUAACCGCAGGUGUUAGUGAAAACUAUACCUCAAGCAAACGCUGCACAAAAAGCAGAAAGACGAUCUGUGUCUGAAAUAUUGAUGAGACUGCACAUUCAUUUUUUAUAGGAUCCGGGAGGGAGUUUUUUUUCUCUGCUUUUUGUUUUUAUACAAUACAACUUAUUUUUCAUAAACUGGAGUUAGAGUUGAUGUCUUAAGUAAUGCCUUAGCAAAAAUGUAACACCCAACAUAUGGUACAAAACAGAGACAAGUUGUCAAAAAAUAAUAUAUUGGCUACUGUACCUUGUUUGGCUGUGUUACUCACUGUGAUACUAAUGUGACACAUGUCGUGGACUUCAAAUCUUUGAAAACUGCUCAAAACGCUCCGCUUUUUUUGUCUGUACAUGUAUGACAUUUAAGAACACAAGAGGGCUUUCUCUUUUUUGCAUUGUGCUGUACAUUUCUAAACUGUAGUGCCUGUCCAUCUGCAAAAAUAAAAAAAAUAAUGUCA